GUUGGGUUUGUUCGCCGUACGUUGUUGAGGAUUGUCAGCCGACUUAUCGGCGAAGGCCCGGUAAUCGCCAUUGAGCCUCGAGCGCAUUCGGAGCGUGCUUGACGAAUAACUCGAGGGUCUUUUGGCCUCGACGAUUUUUGGUAAGCAUCGCUUGAUCGUCAGGGGAUCUCGGCCACGCGAUGGCGAUCUGCCCAUUGUUCAGUUCUGGUGCUGCUCAGGCUUCUUUCCACGUGAACGGUAGCACGCGGGCGGCAUGGUGCAGCACCUCGUACCCACGAUUGGCUCGCGUUUCGACCAGUGGGUAUCCAGCGAGCGUGCUGACGUCGAUGACCCUAUUGUUGUUUAAUCUGAUCGUGGAUGGGCGCCCCGCAAGUGGCCUUCGUCCGAAAUCCGUCCGUUUGCAGGUAGGAACGUCAGGGAUAUGUAUUCUUCCCAGCAGGCGCCGUGCCGUUCCCAUUCUCAAGUUCCGCGACGAGACUUCGCCGUACGCGCCACCUCAGCACUCAGCAGCGGCUAUGCAAACGCGUUCCCUAACUCAAUCCCCGAAGGCUAUCUUCCGCUCGGUUCCGAUACCCACACCCCCAUUCUAUUGCCCAUAGAAGGUACUUUCGGGACUGACAAACAAGGACAGAGACCCUAUCGAUCGACCAUGUCUGCUCUGCGCUCUGGCCGGUCCGGCGAUCUCACGCGCACCAAAUGCGACGUACCUUGAUUUCGCCGUCUUGGCCCCUCGCGUGGAAAGCGGAUGGGACCAUCCCGUCCCUUGACGAUUGAGAUGUG